UAUUCAUUGCUCAAUUGCAAUCCAUUGAAUUCAAAGCAACAUCGUUCUUACGAUUGAAGAAAAAAUAAUAGGAAAUAAAAGCAAAUUUCGAUUGUAGUUCAUAUUUUCAUUCGAAUUACGAUUGAUUAUUCUAUUUUGUGAAAGAAAUACAUAGUACGUACAGAAAAGAAACACACGAAACAUUUAAGUGAAAAAAGAAAGUGCGAUCAAAUUGUGGAAUUUAAUUCUAUCAUUUUUUGUGAAACAUUCUUAAACCGUUGCAAACUCAAACGGUUUUAAAAACGAUAUUAAAAGGCAAAUAAAUUGUACAAAACAAACCAUUUGACCAUUUCAAUGAUCAACAAACAACAAGCAAUUCAACAAGCAAUUAUAUUGAACACUUCAAUUCCAGUAAUUUGAAAGGAAAAGAAAGAAGAAAGAUAAAAUAACCAAGUGAACUUUGCAACGAAAAUCAACAUUUUUUUUUUAAACAGAAAACUAUAGGCGUGAUAUUAUUCCACAUUAAUAAAAAGCGUUUACAUUUUAAGUGAACCAAUUAUUAUUUCUGGAAGUUACAAACUAAGCAAAACAAAUCGUCAAAAUGUCGACUGAAAUUUUUCAUUCAAAUAAUAAUCAUCAUCAUUCAAAUAACCAUUACAACUGCAUACCAAACGGAUCUCAUCGCGGUUCAGAUUUAUCAGAUUUGUCCGAUUUUGAUAUUGAAGAAUUGAUCAGAAUGCAUAAGUUGUGCCGUCAAGUUUCAAUUGAAUCGCCGGGACCAGUUGUAAAAGACUGCGUUUUCUCAUUCGUUGUACCAGUUCCUGAUACACCCGAAAACGGUGCUCGUGUUAAGGUUGUGUAUGCCGGUGCAUGCUAUCGUCGUCAAAAGUCACCAUCUAUUUCGAGUAUGUCGAGCAUAUCAUCGGAUUUGAGCGAAUUGGCUCAACAAAUGGCUGGAUCACCACAUAGUUCGGCCGCAUCACCAGCUCAUCAUGGAUAUCGUGAUGGUGCAUUGUUUCCCGGUUUUGAAGUGGCUGGUGUCAUUGAAGAGCUCGGUCCAGGCGUCUCACAAAACAAAGAAAAUGGCUUCUAUGUUGGCCAACGCGUUGUCCUCUAUCCAUUCGAUGAUUGUCCAAAUGGAUAUGCUGAAUACAUUGUUGUUCCUGAUUUGAAAUAUUUGAUUCCUAUUCCCGAUUCAUUUCCAUUGAGCGUUGCAGCAAUGCUUCCAACUGGUGCUCUUUUGGCCAUGAACACCGUUUUCGAGGCCCAAGAAAUUCUAUCGCAUUUGCUUAAAGAACGUGAAGCCGCUUAUGCAGCAAAUCCAGAAACAUCACCGCCACCAUUGUGCCGAAUUUUGAUUGUUGGCACCGGUGGUCUUGCUCUCUGGGCAGUACGAAUUGCUGCCUAUCACUUCCAUCAAUUAGAAUCCAGCAAAAAAGUCCAAAUCACCGUUGCCAGUCUACGCGAUGAAGGUUUCAUGUUGGCUAAAGAUUUUGAAAACGUGAAUGUAGUUCAGUGGAGCGAAGAUUUGUACGAAAAACAAUUGAUUGAGCGAACAGUCGAUGCUUGCGGGGGUGCCGUUGAUAUUGUUAUCGAUUUUGGAACAACAUCACGCAGUUUGCACCGUUCGAUUCAGUGCUUAAGCAAAGGCGGCGUUGUUCUUGUCAGCGAAGAAGUUGGCGAAAAAUUAUUGCCAAAAUUCUCCAGUUUGGCCGACAAACGUGAAGUAAAAUUGCGUUCAGUGGCCGACGGAACCAUCGAACAAUUGAAACAAUUAGUGGAAUUGGUAUCAUCACAUGAGAUUGAACCACCACCACACUCUGUGUUCCCAUUCGACGAUGCACAAGAAGUCGUUCGCAAAUUAUGCCAUUCAGAGAUUCCCGGUCGUGCUAUCUUGAAAUUCCAUGACAUUGAGUAAUUUGUUUAAGUAUAUUUUCUAUAGCUACAAGAACAGCUUAAAUAGUUUAUAACAAAAACAUCAUCUAUUCACUUAUACUUGCGCAUACACAACAACAAUAUAAAAAAAAGAAACGACAACAAAAAAUCGAACGUCAUUGCUGCGGGAGAUGCAUCACUAUCGUGUUCAAAAUCAUUGGCAUUGUGGUUAUGUGGUGCACAUCAAAAAUCAGCGCACAUUACUCUUGAAAAUGAAACAAAACCCAAACAAAUUAUCUACAAUCACAAUUGUGAAGCACUCCCCCGUUAUUUAAAAAUCACAACAACAGCCCAAUGUCGUAGAAUAAUGCGAACAAUUAUUUACUACAUACAAAUAAUCCAAUUACAUUAUAAUAAUAACACUGGUAUUUGAAUGAGGUAGCAAGAUAAAGUGUGUGACUGUUUAUUAACAGACACGGAAUUUCCGAUAACGCAUAUUGUCAUUGUUUACAAAUGUGCUAAUUACAUGAAGAAACGAGAAGAAAAAAACACACAUCAACCAAAACAAACGAUGACAAAGAGACACACGCGGACACUAGAGAUAAACGUGAAGUCAUUGGUUUGCGCGAUAAUUUUUACAGCGAUACAUCGAUAAUCACGGUUUUUUGAAUUGCGAUUAAAAAUUUUAAUUGUAAAAAUUUGGUGAUGUCAUGUCGCAAGCGCAUCAUUGUUGUUACUAUUUGUUUGCAUUGAUGGAUUUUCGUUGAGCUUUAUGCGUACUUUCACGCUCAAUCUUGACUGAUCAACAAAAUCCAAUCACAUUAUUAAGAUCUGCAUUUUUACGAUAGAAACCAUUAAUAUGUUCUUUAUUUUCCUCUCACAUUUCAAUAUACGAACAAAUGUGUCGAUAUGUGUGUUUGAACAAUCAAAUAAUCGAAUUGACAAAUAGUACACCAUAAUUUCGUUGCGACAUAUAGAGAAAAAAAAAACAACAGCACACAUUUUUGAGCAAAUAAAAAAGAAAUCAUUAAUUAUUAUAUUGUUAAAAUUAAAUGAAAAACUACGUUUUACGGUGUUUUGAAACAAUAUCCUAUAUUUUUUGAAUGUUAAUUUAAAUUGUAAAAUAUGAAAAGAGUAAUAUCAAAUCCAGACAAAAAAAAACUUUGUAUGUCUAAUUAAAUUAGAAGCACUCAUAUCGCAUCACCGAUUGGGUAUCGAUCCUUUUAAAUUGGCUAAUCUAUUUAACGUAAAAACACAAAUUAAAACCAAAAAUUAAAUGUAACCAUUAUAUAUUGGAGACGAAAAGAGAACAAGAGAAUCAAAAGUGAAAACGAAUGUUUAUGGAUCCAAGUUUUGUGCUUUUUGGGUACGCAACACAAUUUAUUGAUAGAUAUUUAGGUUUCAUCCUUUAUUUUUUUUUUGUUUGAUACAUAUAUUUUUUUAAUUCUUAGACGAUAAUUUAAUUUAUGAGUACAACAAAAACCUACAAAUUAUUAAGAAAAAUCGGCGUUGAAGUUCAACAGACCGAUUGACUUUCAAUUUAACUUUUUCCAAAAUGAAAAUCUUUUAAGAUUUUCAAGACGAUCUCAACAAUUUGAGCUAGAUCUUUUAUUUUGAUCAACUGAAGGACGAUAUUUGUUGAACUUCAACCCCUCUCCCCUCCCACAUACACACACAUAGAGAGAACAUUGAGCAGACUAAGAAAAGAAAUAGAAUUCAAAAAUUAUGAAAAACAAAAAGAAACAAGAAAAAAAAA